CCCGGCUCGGCACCUGCGCUGGGCGGCGGCGGCGGCGGCGGCGGCCGGGCCGGGACCCGGAACCGGAACCGGACCCGGAACCGAACCCGGAACCGGAACCGGAACCGGGCGGCGGCGGCGGCGCCAUGAUGCGCUUCAUGCUGCUGUUCAGCCGCCAGGGCAAGCUGCGCCUCCAGAAGUGGUACCUGGCCACGGCCGACCGGGACAAGAAGAAGAUGGUGCGCGAGCUCAUGCAGGUCGUGCUCGCUCGCAAGCCCAAGAUGUGCAGCUUCCUCGAGUGGCGGGACCUCAAGGUCGUCUACAAGAGGUACGCCAGCCUCUAUUUCUGCUGCGCCAUCGAGGGCCAGGACAACGAGCUCAUCACGCUCGAGCUCAUCCACCGCUACGUGGAGCUGCUCGACAAGUACUUCGGCAGCGUCUGCGAGCUCGACAUCAUCUUCAACUUCGAGAAGGCGUACUUCAUCCUGGACGAGUUCGUCAUGGGCGGCGAGGUGCAGGACACGUCCAAGAAGAGCGUCCUCAAGGCCAUCGAGCAGGCCGACCUGCUGCAGGAGGAGGACGAGUCGCCCCGCAGCGUCCUGGAGGAAAUGGGGCUGGCGUAGCCCCCCCCCCACCGUGACCCACUGUGACCCCCCCCACGCACCCCCCCCCACCCACCAACACCGCGCCGGGGGGGGCAGGGGGGAGGGCAGAGAGGGGGCCAAGGACCCCCCCCCCCCACGGCGGCCACGGUGGUGUGGGGGGGGAGCGGGGGGGGGACAGCGCAUCUCUGCCGCCCCCCCCCCCAACAUGGGGACCACCGGGGGGGGCUCGGACCCCCCCCAAAACUGUAAAUAUAAAUAUAUAUAUAGGGAUGGGCAGCACCGGGGGGGGGGGGCGGGCCCAUCUGCCCCCCUUCUUGUGGGGGGGGGGACCCAGGGGGGGGACACGUGGCUGGGACCCCCCCACACCCGCCCCGCUAGGGCUGCCUGCAGCUCCCAGAGAGGGGUGGGGGGCAAGGGGACCCCCCCCACACCCUCAUUUGGGGGGGGGGCGCCUGGGUGUGUGGGGGUUGGACCCCCCCGCACCCAUCACACCCCCCCCGGCCGUGGGACCCCCCCCCCAUUUGGAAUAAAGCGGUCGGACUCUC